AUGAAUGAUAAAUAUUUAGAUGAUACAGUGUUAGAGCCUAAAGACAAUAUUGUGUUAGAGCCUGAUAAUGAUAUAGUGUUAAAGCCUAAUGAUAAUAUAAUAUUGAAGCCUGAAAAUGAUAUAGUGUUAGAGCCUAAAGAUGAUACAGUGUUAGAGCCUAAAGAUAAUAUAGUGUUAGAGCCUGAAGAUAAUAAUCUGAAUGGGUUAAAAUCUAAUGAUAUGAAUGGUUAUGAAGCAUUUAAAAGAAUAAUUGAAGAACUCGAUGUCCAAGCUAAUAUACUUGAUAAUGAUCAUUUGAAGAAGAUUUUUAUUAAUUCUAAAGAUAAG